AUGGCACCAAAAGGAGGAAACGCUAAGAAAGAAGGUGGUCGCGCUAAGAAAGCUGAGAAUGAAGCCAACAAGAAGUCAGCAGCAGCUGAAGCACAAGAAGCAAAGGAAGCUCAAAAGUGGGCGCAGGGAUCUAAAGGAAAGGGAAAGAAGGAGGAGGAAGCUGAUAAGAAAGCAGCACAAGCUGCUAAGAAGGCUGAAGCUGCACGUUUGUUGGCUGAAGAGGAAGCUUCUCAACCAUCCAAACCAAAAGGUGGUGCUAACAAAGCCGGUAACAAGAAACAAUCAAAGCCAGCAGGUCCAGGUGCACUCUCAGCUGGCGGUAUUAACGCUGACUUCGAUAAGCCGGAAUCUUUUGGUGCAUCUGGCUUAGACGAUGCACUCGACAUGAUGUCUAUCGUCGGACAAAAAUCCGAUAAGGCCAGUAUGGGUGCUAAGGCAGGUCAAAUCGAAAGACAUCCAGAGCGUCGUUUCAAGGCUGCGUUUGAAGCUUACAAGGAAGCUGAAAUGCCAAACGUUAGAUCUGAGAACCCAGGAUUAAGAUUGCAACAAUACAACGACUUGUUAUAUAAGCAAUUCCAAAAGUCGCCUGAUAAUCCAUUUAACCAACAAACUGUAGCUUACAACGCUACCAAGGAAGAUAAACUCAGCGCACUUGAGGAAUCCAAGAGAGUAACCGAGAACAGAUAUAGAGGCUAAGCUGCUAGCAACUUGGGAUUGUAAAUAGUUGAAAUGAAAUUAAUUUUUAAAAUGAU